AUGGUGAGUCAAGCCGAAAAUAGGGAAUCGAUUAGGCAGGAUGAAGCUGAGCUGGAGCUUCGCAGGCUCCAAGAAAUUGCUAAGCUUGCAGCUGUAUAUCACAGCGGUGAAAGAAAGUUUAAGAGAAGAACGGAUCUUUCGCAUGUCGUGCACGCCAGUCUACACUUUGUUCAAUUUGUGAGCACGUCGGCUAUCGAAGUUUUCCAUCAUGUGCAUCACUAUGUGAAUAAACUUGCGCGAGAAAAGGAUGAUACAGUCCCAUUGUUGCCGGAGGAAAGAAACCCCAUUUUCUUCGUGUAUCCCAUUUGCAUGGCGCUGAGCCUUGUUCUUAUGAUCCUUUGGCUUGUUGAAAAGAUUCUUCCCGAUAGACCUCUGAUACCUUUCACAAUAUGCGCGUCGGGAGCUAUUCUGAUGCUUGUGACGGGAAUAAUGGAGAUGAAACACGCCGACAUGUACAUUGACGUUACCGAAUUUACUGACGAAGAAAUAUUGGAGCACCCUAUCUUCAUUCAUAACUUUGUAAUGUGCAUAUUAUCGAUCUUUGUUAUGAGUUUAUAUCUAAUUCAAGCGUGGAUCCUUUUCGACCUUUUCGAGUGGCAGUGGAUUUGCAAGGAACGAGACACAAAUGUGUCGGAUGAUACGCAAAGUUCAAGUUCUAGCGUAGACACCGACGAGACUGAUCAUUCCAUAAUAGAAGGAAAGAUCGGCGAACGCGAUUCCGGGAUUGGAGAACUGGCACCGAUUCCUACCCUGAAAGAGUUAACCACCCUCGCCGCGAUCGCCGAUAGUGCCGAUAUGGACGACGAGCUGAUACUUUAUUGCUGCUUCGUCGACUGGUACAAUUAUGUUAAAGUGAAAAUGGAAUGUAAACCAAAGCACGAGUUCCAAGUAAUUCACGUCAUGUGA